CAGUAGGUUGCCCUCGCACGACGACGAUGGCGAUGAGCGCGAAAUAUGCAAACCUUCCCGAUAUCGAUACAGCUCCGGACGUUUAUGAAACCGAGGAUGCGUUCCCUUCCUCCCAUGAUACUAAAGGCGACUCAAGCGAUGAGGAAAUAGCCUUGUCGGCGAGACCGACGGUCCGCGGGAGGAAUGGAGAGGUGGUUGGACGCGAGGAACUGGAUGGUACUCACUUGAGCCCAGAGGAAGCCAGUAGGAAGUUCCGGAAAGCAGAGAAGAAGCAUCACCGUCCACGAAUACAGUAUGUCUAUCCUCCAUCCCCGACUUCCGACACAUCACCGCCGUCAACGCCUUCUGUCACUCCUUCUCUGCCGCUAUCGCACAGACUCCGGCUGUUGCAGGCGGAGCUGUCCACACUCGAGACCGAGUUGGCAGACCCGUCAAACCCAUUGUUGCAGAAAGAGCGAGAAGCGGGGCAUGACCCAGGUGAGCUCAUCCGGGGAAUGGUGGAUGUCAAGAGCCGGUUGGACAAAAUCAGUAAGGUGAAGGAGGGGAAGGGCAAACUGGUCAGUGUUGUUCUUGGAGAAGAAUCCGCGGACGAACAAGAUGGCGCCAGGGCAGGGAUUAAAGAGGGAAAGGACACCGGCAAGCGCACGCCGUAUGAUCAUGUCGUCCCGCCGUCCACAGGCUCUAGAACCCCUGACGUCAAAGAUAUUGUCGACAUGGACCGCCGCGUCGGUGAAUUAGAGAAGGUUGUUGGUGCCUCGAGCACUGCUCUGGAUGAGCUCUCCCCAUUGCCACCGCCGCUUCUUCCUAUGCUGACUCGCCUCAAUGCGCAAUUAACACUCCUCACUCAACCGCGCCAUGUCGACUCAAUAUCUCGCCGUCUGAAAUUACUUCUGUCGGAUCUCGAGCGCGUGUCAAGCGCCAGUGCCCAUCCACAUGGUUCUCAGCGCCGCCAGUCCUCCCAUCACGCACCGACCCCCGCAUCGCCGCAUCCCGCGGCCGCGAGCGGCUCCGCUCCUACGAUACCCGCCGCACUUUAUGACCAGCUCACUCCGAUCCUGACACGUCUCGCACCGCUUCUGCCACAUAUACCCCAUGUUCUCACCCGCUUACGCACGCUGUCUGCCCUUCACACGUCGGCCGCUGGUUUCCAGAGUACCCUGGAAAGCCUCGAGGAGGAACAGAAGAAGGUUAGAGCAGCCUUGGAAGAGCUCGAACGCGCUGUCAAUGGCGUUGAGAGCAGUAUCAAGGAAAACGAGGAGGUCAUCAAGAAGAAUGUCAAGGAACUGGACGACCGGGUCGAGGAUGUAGGACGGAGAGUGGACGAGUUACGCGUCAGCAAAGGUUGAUUGUAUUGCGCUGUCAUUCUCCAGGGCCGGCUGUUAUACCACUCCGAUGGUCUUGUAUACCGUAUCUGUCCCAGAUACUUGAUUCUAUCUCCUUGAAGGCACGUACCUCCGAUGUCGGCGGAAGCGGUAGAUAAUGUGCGUACUCACAAGACGUGUGUGGUUCGGCGCUUACCUUUUCAAGGUGCUUUGUUCUUGCGUGAAUGCGAUAUCGUCAUUUCAAGCACUGCAAUGACAGUUGCUGGUAUGCUUCCAUUCCUACCGUCGGCAUACGUAACGCCAGCUAUGCAUGCGAGAAGGCAAACACAAUCGGACUGCCAGAUGCGUCGUAGACGCCAGAUGUGUCUACAGGCUACAGCCAAGUGUACUGUCCGGUAUCCCAUGGCUGUAAACAGCGCCCAAUGGACGGUAACUACUUUAAUUCAGAGUGAAACGGAGUCGUAUUUUCGAGGGUUGUGACAUCGUCAUUCGGUGAAUACAGCAGUAGACAAUGUCUAU